AUGCGCAGUUUUACCUUAAUGGGCCUUGCGGCCGCCUUCGCGACCGAGGUUUCGGCGGCCUGCAGCUCGGCUCUCACCAUCGAUAACUUUUCCAAGUACUCGAGCAACACCAACAGCCUGGGCGAAUGGACGAGCGACGACUCCAGCAUGAAGGCUAUCUCGGCUGCGAGCGGAGUCCUGUCCUUCACCCCCAAGGCUAACGCCUACUUUUACGAGACUUUCCAAUGCCAGGCUGCGUCUGGAAACGGCUACAACUCUGUCCAGUUUACCAUCAAGGGGCCAAAGGGAGGUUCGUUAAACCUGGAGCUGCAGAGCAAGACGUCAUGCUCGGCUACGGCAUACAAGUCUGCCUACACUUCCGUGACUGGCUUGACCGGUAACACGCAAACUAUCACACUUCCUCUGAGCCAGUUCUCCGGCGCCAACGCCGACGCCAUCAGCGGUCUCGUCUGGUAUGGCUUCUCUUCCAACACGGCAUGGCAGCUCAGCAAUGUUCAAUUUGGAUGUGCGGGUACUUCAGCCUCCGCUUCCAAGGAUGCCGUCUCUAGCACCGCUUCUGGCUCUCGCACCACUCUUCAGACGUCUACUCGUACGACUCUUACCACGUCCGCUCCUGCUUCUGCUUCUGGAACAUGCUCUAACCUUCUCAUCGACGACUGGGUGUCCCAGUCCCGAUUAACUUUCCUCUACUAUAAUGCUAUGCUGCAACCCUCCUCGGACGAUGCUUCCAUGACCUCACUGGUUGUCGGAUCACCAUCACCCAACCACGUUACCAUCAACCCCAAGGAUACCAGCUCCUACUUCUACUCCCAGUUCGACUGCGUCAAUGCUAAGAACGUCUAUGGUGGAAUCUCUCUCAAGAUCAAAGCUCCCAAGGGAACCAGCUUCUCCGUUGAGCUCGACUCCUCGGCCACCUGCGAUCCCACUAAGGCUGUUCAGGUCACCGUGACCACUGCGGACCUCGGAUGGACUUUCGACGGAACUGAGAAGCUUUACUCCAUUCCUUUCAGCAAGUUCUCUGGCCUUGAUACCAGCAAGCUUACCACCAUUCUUUUCGGUGGCUUCACUCAGUCUGUUUCCUUCGGACCCAUGGGCUUCUACUGCGGCAGCAGUGGUACAGAGGUGAAGAUCACUACUACCAGCGCUGUUGCUGGCCCGUCAUCCACCGUUGCUGCGCCCAGUGGCACAGCUGCUGCUCUUGUUAUCGACAAGUUUGCCAAUGCUAACAGCAACGCUCUUGGUUUCUGGCAUGGUUACGACGAGGGUAUGAAGGUCACUAUGAGCGGGUCUAAGGCAACCAUUGUCUCUAGCGACGCCGAUUAUUCCUUCUAUACCCAACUCUCCGCUUCCUGCACGGACAUGACCAAGUACGAGGGCUCUUACCUGCACAUCGCAUACUCUGGCAGCACCGCCUUCACAGUCGCCCUCCAGCAACACAACUCUAAGUGCGACGAAUCUAUUGCGCCAUACCCCGAGACUUGGGACUCUCUCGAGGCAUCUCGCUACGCCAAGGAUGGGCACAUCUACAUGCCCAUAAAUCACUUCAACAUCGAGCUCACUCGCGCUGUUGGUAUCGCCAUCAAGGGCUUCUACAAGUCUGACCAAGUUGUCCUUUCCACAAUCGAGAUUGUUCCGUCGGUUCCUUCGACCCACAGCAUCCCCAACAAGCUCGAGUCUGGUGACCUUGUCUUCGCCUGUAAACGGCCCAACAGCUUUGCUUUCGCCAUCGAUGACGGCUCGCCUGAGUACGCUCAGCAGGUUCUGAAGAUCGUCAAGGAGGAGAACAUCAAGGUCACCUUCUUCACCGUCGGUGCUCCUCUUCUCGAUGCUUCGACCAACCUGACUAACGUCUACCGUGAGAUGGAGGCCUCCGGCCACCAGAUUGCUCUGCAUUCGUACACACACCCGAAGAUGGAGGGUCUUCCCGACUAUGCCGCUAUCGACUGGGAGUACAAGGAGGACAUCGACACCGUCGCUAAGCAGUUCAACGGCCUGCACACAAAUUAUUUCCGUCCUCCUUUCGGAACUGAGGGUGCCCGUAUGCGCCAACGCCUUGCGCAGACUCUCGGCGCUAAGCCGACCGUCACCAUGUGGAGCGUUGACGUCGAGGACUGGUUGUGGGCGGAAACCGACACCCCCGAGGAGCAGCUCAAGGCCUUCGAGCGCGAUGUCAACAAGGGCGGCAACCUUGUCGUCAUGCACUAUUUGUACCCCAGCACUGUCGGCUACCUUCAGCAGUUUAUUCAGAUCGCUAAGAAGACUGGAAAGCAGCUCAUGCGUGUUGACCAGUGUAUGGAGGACCCCAACGCCCCGGCUUUGUAA